AGUCCACUCACUUGUUGUCCGCAGUCCAAAAGCACUAGAUAAACUCGGCGCGAACCUAAACCCUAACACCCCCCAACCCUAGUCCAAAAGCCCCCCUUUUUUUUGCCCCUUUUUUUAUUACGCAUCUCCAGUGAAAGCGAUUCUGGAAGAAACCCUAUUCGCACUGUGUUAAUCUCGCCGGAGCCCUCUGCUCUUCUCUACCUCUCUAUCUCUUCGAUUUAGGAGAUGGAGGCGCUGUGCAGAAGCGAGAGCAAUGGGCCUGCUGUUCUCUUCUCCAUGAUGGAACUCCUCGUGGCGGAGACCGUUUUGGCCGCCGGAAGGUCUCUCGUUUGGCUUCUUCUGGUGGCAAGCUCGUUGUCAAGUGAAAUCGAUGCAUUGGGUAAAAGACCAGAAGUAGUUUAUGGGGCACUUGGAAGAAGCAAAGCUGAGCGGGAACCUGAGAACAAGGACGAUGGUGAAUCGGAUGAUGAUGAUGAGGACGAUGAUGAUGAAGAUGAUGGAGAGGAUCAAGACGACGUUGGGGAUCAAGAUCUCUCUGGUGAGGAAGAUAAUGAUAAUGGAGGAGAUGAAGAUGAUGAUGACCCCGAGGCUAAUGGUGAAGGAGGUAGCGAAGAGGAGGAGGAGGAGGACGACGACGAUGAAGAUGAUGAUGAUGGCGAUGAGGAUGAGGAUGAAGAAGAUGACGAAGACGAAGAAGAGCUCCCACAGCCUCCUUCUAAGAAGAAGAAGUGAGGCAAAGUGAUGUUACAUUUAGUGCGUGUAGCACCUGUUUCAUUCGGAUAUCGUUUGUUGGUUAAAGGAUAGAAUUAUGGGGGGAUUUAGCUUGUAGCAGGGGUCUAGAUUGUCUUAGGGUAGGAAAAAGAGAUGUGACCAGUUGUGAACGAACUCUUAAAUUUUUCUUCCUUCAUGUGUUCUAUCCUGGAAACACCAUAUUGCUGGUGGACAUUUGUUGUAUUCCAAUUGCUCUCUCUCUCUCUCUCUCUCUCACUCACUCACUCACUGUGUGUGUGAUGUAUAGUGUUGGGUACAUAUUGAGACAGCCAGUAUCCAUCCACUGUUAUGAUUGGUGAGCCUAUCAGUGAACUUGCUUUUCCCUGCA